ACAUGUCAGCUCAAGGAUCAUCUUCACAGCUUCCCAAACCCUUUGAUCCUGAGCCCGAAGCCAAGUAUGGCACACUGGAUGUGACUUUUGACUAUGACUCACAAGAACAGAAGCUCCUGGUAACCGUGACAGCUGUCACAGAUAUCCCAACAUAUAACAGGACAGGUGGCAACUCAUGGCAAGUACACCUUGUUCUUCUACCUAUAAAGAAACAGAGAGCAAAAACCAGCAUCCAGAGAGGACCAUGCCCUGUCUUCACAGAAACAUUCAAAUUUAACCAUGUUGAAUCUGAGAUGAUUGGAAAUUAUGCAGUUCGAUUUAGACUGUAUGGUGUACAUCGCAUGAAAAAAGAAAAGAUGGUGGGGGAAAAGAUUUUUUAUUUAACAAAAUUGAAUCUUCAAGGGAAAAUGUCAUUACCUGUGAUAUUGGAACCUUCUUACAAUCAUUCUGGCUGUGACUCCCAAAUGAGCAUGUCAGAAGUGUCCUGUAGUAGAAGUACAUCCUCCUGUCAGUCUCUGGAGCAUGGCUCAGUUCCAGAAAUUCUCAUUGGCCUGCUUUAUAACGCCACCACUGGCAGACUAUCAGCAGAAGUCAUCAAAGGCAGCCACUUCAAAAACUUGGCAGCAAACAGACCACCCAAUGGACUGUUCUGUUGUCUAAAACACUUGAUAGGUGGACAGGUUUAUAUAAUCCGAGAUACGUAUGUUAAAUUAACUCUGCUGAAUUCCAUGGGUCAAGAAAUGUCUAAAUGCAAGACAUCCAUCCGCAGAGGGCAGCCAAAUCCAGUGUACAAGGAAACUUUUGUUUUUCAAGUGGCCCUGUUUCAGCUCUCUGACGUGACCCUUAUCCUGUCUGUGUAUAACAAGCGCAGCAUGAAAAGAAAAGAGAUGAUAGGCUGGAUUUCUCUAGGUCUGAACAGCUCUGGAGAGGAGGAACUCAAUCACUGGACCGAAAUGAAAGAGUCGAAAGGACAGCAAGUGUGCAGAUGGCACGCGUUACUGGAGUCAUGAGAACGCGCAUCUGCAGCCCCGGGCAGCAUUGCCGUCUGUGACAACGCCGCCGUUUGGACCUGGUCAUCGUUAGAAGACUUAUUCUUUGAAGAAUCACCUUCAACAUUCUACCAAAAUGUUUUAAAUUCUGUGGAAAGACCAUCUAAUACUGACAUGAAUGAAGGCAGGUUGUAUCUCUGGUAGAGUUUGUUUGGGACGAUGAAAAACCCUAUCAUCAUUGUCAAGCUACCGAUCCUCCAGAGCUUUGAGAACAUGCUUUUGGGUUGAAGUUCAUUUUACUUUAGCAAAAGAGCCAGUCAUUUCCUGAAAUAUGAAAAUCGUCAAUGAUUUUUUAGAAUGUUUAGUUGCAACAUGAUUUUAGUAUCACCCUACACAUGAUCCGUAAAGCAUAUUUUGACUGGCUUGUCCCUGGUGUUUGAAAUGUACUUUGAUAAAAGAAAGUAGCUCUCCAACUCUAUUGUAAGUCAUAUCUGGUGUUGAAGGGUUUCAGUCACAUUGGAAAUUGUUUUCUUUCAGAUAUUUUCCCUUUAUGCACUUAGCUUCAUUGUACCUUGGCUCUCGGUAGCACUAAAUCUGUGUGCAAGCAAGAUUUCAUUGUCAUAAAGGCAUUUGUAAUGUUAUUUUAAAAACUCAUUUCAUUUACCUCUGCUUUUUGCCCCAUCCAAAGAGACCCAGUCACUGUACUGGUCCCUUGCAAGUCCUUAGACAGGUUGUACUGUAGAACUCUGUAACUUUCUGUUGAAAGCACUUCCUGUAUUCUCGUAUUCCAGUGUAGGAAGCUAAUAAUAGAACAGGACCUUACUUUAAAAUUCCUUUCAACGACUGACUCUUUAAAAUUGUAGUAAUGUGCAUAUACAUUUUUUACAAACUAAAAAAAUACAGUAUGAGCUGCUGAAAAUGAAAAACAACUUAAGUUAAAGAACAUUUUAAUGAUCCGCUCUGAGUGUGUAGUAGCAAGCACUGCAUAAAGCAGGUAGCAUUCGCAUAAGAAACUAUUCUCUCUCUAAAUCUUCUGCUCGCUCACUUCAAUUUGUAUUUCUGACAUAAAGACUCUCCACUUCUCGGUUUGAACCAGAACAUCGUGUUCAAAAAGGUUCUGGGAUUCCUUAUGAAGUUUCUAGUGACUUGUGACUAGAUUUUAUGAAACUCACAGAUACGUUCUUCAACGUGAUGUCAUCCUGUGCCUUUCGUGUAACUUUGCUCAGACAGCUCGAAAGUUGUAUUUGCAAAGUUAGGCCUUCGAUUUUUAUAAAUGAAAGAUUCCUCAGAACAGUGUCACAAGCUCUGUUUCCUCUGACGUGUGUGAAAGCUGUACCAUGUGCUGUUUUUCUUAACUCGCAAGGCCUUUUCAUUUGUUUUUAUAUUUAGGAACACUGAUUAAUCAGGAAUACUAUCAGCUGUUUUCUUUUUAAUUUUGCUUCUUAACCAAUAUAUAAUUUUAUGCAUACACUUUAUUAAAUAGGUUGUUUUGUAUAUAUGAACAACAUUUUUCUCUUUCUAAUUUGUAGUUAAACUAGAUGAAAGCAAACUAUUUGCCAAUUACUAAAAAGCAAGUAUAUCAUUGCUCCUAGUCCCAAAUAAGUACUAUAUAUAUUAUUUUAAGCGAGGGCUUGUUUUCAUCACAGUAACAAAACCAUGCGUACGUAUUGUUUCAACGUGGCUAAACUGAAAGGCCUUAAAUAAAAAAAAACAAAACAAAAAAACAAUAAACUCCAGAUAUAUUUUUAAAAA